AUGGAGCCUAUGAAGUCCAAGGCUCCGCAAUUACACCUAGAGUACCGAUUUUACAAAUUACUAGGAACUCAUGAGGGCAUGCCAAAAGUGUACUACUUGGGCACGUGCGGCGGCCGCUACAACGCCAUGGUCAUGGAGUUGCUAGGCCCCUCUCUAGAGGAUCUCUUCGUUCACUGCGGCCGAAGGUUCAGGCUCAAGACGGUCCUUUUGAUUGCAAUGCAGCUCUUACAUCGUAUCGAAUAUGUCCACACGAGACAUCUAAUAUACCGAGACGUGAAGCCAGAAAAUUUUUUAAUAGGUAGAACUGCAACUAAACGGGAAAAAAUCAUUCACAUCAUCGAUUUCGGUUUGGCCAAAGAAUACAUAGACUUAGAGACAAACAAACAUAUACCGUACCGGGAGCACAAGUCACUCACGGGGACAGCGAGAUACAUGUCAAUAAAUACACAUUUAGGAAAAGAACAAUCAAGACGCGACGACCUGGAAGCUCUUGGGCACAUGUUUAUGUACUUUUUACGUGGUUCCUUACCCUGGCAGGGUUUAAAAGCUGAUACACUCAAAGAAAGAUACCAAAAAAUCGGCGAUACGAAACGGGCGACACCUAUCGAGGUGUUAUGCGAAGGUCACCCAGAAGAAAUGGCGACCUAUCUCCGCUAUGUACGACGGCUGGACUUCUUCGAGACCCCCGAUUAUGACCAACUCAGGCGCAUGUUCCGUGAACUGUUCGAGCGGCGUGGCUACGUGGACGACGGCGAGUUCGACUGGACUGGAAAGACUAUGUCAACUCCCGUGGGGUCCAUUCAAACGGGACACGAGAUUGUUGUAUCUCCGAAUCGUGGACAUCAAACCUUCCACAAGGAUGAUUUGUGUGAUUAUAUGAUUGGUAUGCUUGAGGACGAUGAGGCGGCCCUUAUAUCCGGAGAGGGGGCUGUAAAAGAUUCUGGUACUGGUGGUACCGCGAACACUGGUGGAAAUUGGCCCCACAGUGGAAAAGCCACGCCCCUUACUGCCGGUCACUUGACACCUGCCGACAGACACGGAUCCGUACAGCAUUUGAAGAAUAAACAUUUUCGGUAUGUCAAAUUUCCUGGAUCUGACACCACGGUGGUUAGUUCAACGAACGGAGAGUUAGGUGCGGAUGACCCCACAGCCGGGCAUAGCAACACCCCAAUUACUCAACCGCACCAUGAAGUGGAUGUUGUCGAUGACACCAAGUCAGUGUUGCAACUACAAUCCGUGUAUUCCAGAUGCUGUUGCUUCUUCAAGCGCAAAAAGAAGAAGUGUGCGACGCGCACGUACAAGUGA